AUUUACGCCGCUAACCCCCGCCACCCCCACCACACCCCGCCCCCCCGGUGCGUGAGCUUUGUUGACGCUGCUACUGUCUCUUUAAAUUUACCCAGGAGCCCCUUAAGGAGCCCCAGGGGCCCCUAGUCCGGCUCCCCACCCUGAAGACAAGCAGGAGCCUUAAAAUACACGAGAGGAGGCCUGUAAUGAUCAGCACGGAGCAGCGGGCUCUCUGCGCCGCCGGACUGCGGGAUUUCUGCGGGAUUUGAUUCUAUGAAAAGUUAACUUGGCUCCCGUGCGGGGCGCGUGGGGGGACAUCGGAGAGCACGGGCUCGCCUGGCAGAUGCGUGUCUCGCGGAGCCGUGCGGUGUGAGAGGGGAGGGGGGACAUGUCCCGCUCCAGCGCUGCGGUACCGUGAAGGAAGCAGGAACCGCAGCGGCCAUUAGCGCAGCAGCAGGGCCCGCGAUGGAGGAGGGAGGACCGGGCGGAGCGGAGCCCGCGGAGCUCCGGUGUGCGGAGCAGGCGGAGGUGCUCUCAUUAAUAAUAAGCGGGGAGGAGGAAGCGACGCAGGCGGACGCUGAAGCGGGAGACGGCGACGCUCUGGCUAACGGUCACGGUGACGAGGAACCUGGAGGAGUCACGCCUGUCAGGUCACCAGGUACCACCUACUGGAGCAUCACCGAGCUCCAGGACCACCCCCUCCUCCUCUCCCCGGCCCCUGGGCCUUCGGGGCGGAAACCCCCAGUCCAGAAGGCGUCACGCGCCGGCCUGAGCCGCAUCCCCGGCCGAGACCACCGGCGGUACUACCACGAGUACUGGAGGAGCGAGUACCUGAUGGACUUCGACCCGCAGAGGCACGGGAUGAUCUGCAUGGUGUGCGGCAGCUCGCUCGCCACGCUGAAGCUGUCCACCAUCAAACGUCACAUCCGACAGAAACAUCCGGACUCCCUGCUGUGGAGCGCCGAGGACAAGGAGGUGAUCCGCUCAGGGUGGGAGAGUCACCUGAGUGUGGGCGGGGCUCUGAGGUCGUUCAGCUCUGCAGAGACUCCCUCAGCUCAGGAGGAGGAGGAGGAGGAGCAGCAGGAGGAGGAGCAACACGCUGCAGCAGAGCCCCCGUACCCAGUGACCCCCCAGGAGCAGCAACAACAACCUCCCAGUCCCCCUCCCCGCUCUGAGGAGGGUGAAGCCCCCCCGCCUCAGGAGGACGAGGAUCAGGACCUGCCGGGGCCGUCGGCGCAGACUCUGGAGCGCUACCUGAACGACUCGCUGCACGCCUGGUUCAGACAGGAGUUCCUGAUGGAGUACGAGGCGGUGGCGGGCCGCCUGCUGUGCAUGGUGUGUGGAGGAGAGCUGCCCUCGCUCCACCUCGAGCACAUCAAGAGCCACGUGCUCGACACCCACCCAAACUCCCUGGUCUACAGCUCGGAGGAGAAGCACUGCAUCCUGCAGGCGUGGGCGCAGACUCACGAAGAGUUAGAAAUGUCAAUCAAAUCAGAGGCGGACACCAAAGAAGCGGGGGCGGAGCUUUUCUCUCAGGAGGUGGAGGCGGUGCAGGUCCACGCUGACUCGUACCCGCAGGCUGACGCCACUUUAACUCAGGACACGUGUCUCAUCGGAGAGGACGGGGGCGUCGGAGCGCCUCAGCAGGGACCGCCGCCGCCCCGGCAGCCCAGGAAGAGACGACUGCGGGGGGGCGACCCGUGGCGGCUCCGCCUCGACUACCUGGUGGCGUACGGGCCGGCGGGCAGGGGGACGUUCUGCAUGGUGUGUUCUCAGGUUCUCCAUGAAACCAAGGUCAGCAGCUUCCGCCGCCACAUCCAGGAGAACCAUCCGGAUACGACGAGCCUGAGCCGGCAGGAGAGAGAGGCCAUGGCUGCCGCCUGGACCAAAGAUUACUCGGGGGAGGGGUCGCACAGCCAUGACGAGCUGAAUGUGAGCGGCGGCGACGUCCUGAACACCUCUGGAGAGACGAGCGAGGACGCCUCACCUGACGCCGGGACAUCGAGUAAGAUUGUGAAAAAGGAGGAGGGGGCUGUGAGCGGGGGGAGGGCUAAAUCAAAGGACAGCGGCGCUGCAGCCACGCCCUCCCGCCACGGUCAUUACCCCGGGAAGGACCAGCGGAGGAACUACCAGUUGCGCUGGAGGAUGGAGUACCUGAUGGAGUACGACAGCCGCAGACACGGGCUCAUCUGCAUGGUGUGCGGAGCCACGCUCGCCACGCUGAAGGUGAGCACCAUCAAGAGACACAUCCAGCAGGUGCACGCCCACUCGCUGGACUACAACCCCGAGGAGAAGCAGCAGGCCCUGCUGAGCUACAACCAGACCGCCCUGAACGCCACGCACCCCGAUGACCUGUCGUCCAACCAGGAGAACGCACACACCGAGCUGGGCCCCGCCCUCGACACUUAGGCACUUAAAAAGGGCUUCAAUCUGUCGCUCCUCACACACCCCCCCCCCGCUCAGAAAAGACCCCUACCUUUAAACUGAAAGGGAAGUUCAACUUUAACUGAAACAGGGUCUUUUAAUCCGUAAACCUGACCCCCUUAAUUCUCACCCUCUCUGGUUCCUAAAUCUCUUAAAGGUCAGGUUUUCUUAACCAUGACGGAUAAAUACACGUGAAUAAGACCAGCUGAGUCUGCUCCUCCUCACAGGAAAGGUCAAACAAGAACAUCACGGCCUUCAAAAUAAAAGUCUAGACACUCGUUGGAAACAUGAGCCCUUCUCUGCACAGAAUCAUCCUUUAAUUUAUGAUUUAAAAUACUGAUUUAGAGACUCUGAGCUGAAUGGAGGCCAAUAAAAAGAUGAAUGAUUAUAAAGAAAAGACCCUCAGAGAGUUCGCUAAAGUUCACUCUCAGAUUCUGUUUUGUGUGAAAUGAGGUCAGAACUUUGCACUUAAAAUGACCUUUGAUAACUCCACAGACAGCAGGUUGACAUGAGAGGAAGAGUCAGACUGAACCUGACUUACGUUAGCAUGUUCACGGCUAGCUCGCAUGUUAUCAGUUAAAGCUCGGGCAGCAAAGCGACCAUUCGUCAAGACAUGAGGGAGAACAUCUGCAGCCAGAUGUGUCGACCUCUGAGUUAAUCAAACUAAGACAAGAGAACAUUUAUGAAAGACUCGUAUUCUUUUAGUUUGCACUUUAUUUCUGAUUCUUGAUUUGGGCUUCAGACAUCAAACCGCCUCGUGAGUGUCUGGACGUUCAGACUUUGUCUCCAGAGUGGCAGGUGUGCAGACGUCAGCGUUCACCUGUUAGGGCCAUUCAGGGGGUGGGUGGGAAUCAGGGCUCGAGUCUUACGCUCUCAGGAAGUUAGAAACUGAGUCUUCGUCGAGGCCGAAGCUCCGUUAGCUUAGCGAUGGCGUGUCUGAGGACAACACAGCACUUUGUCCCCGAAAACAAAAAACUGUCCUGAACGCAGCGCUCGCCGUCUGCGUGUCUGGAUGAGACUUGAGUUAAAGCUGAAGACAAUGAACGCAGCGUGCAGUUUGACAUCUCUCCGGUUUAUAUGAUGACCCGUUUACAGCUGAGGACGAGGAGGAGGAGGAGUCCCUGGUUUAAUGAGAUAUGUUAUCUCUCGGUCUGCUUCGUCAUCUCGACUUUCGGACAAACUGCACAAAGACUGUAAAUAAACGAGAAAUUAGAAUUAUUUUUCCUCGAUAAAAGCACUUUUAUGCACCCUGCUUUCUACGGAACUCGUUUGUAACUAAGUCCAGUUUUUCUACUUUAACUGAACAUUUCAAUGAGGACGUUUCUUCUUCUUCUUCUUCUUUUUGGACUUUUGAACCUUGUUGCUCCAGUUUUUGGUGCCGGCUUCCUUUUUUCCUGUCUGUACGGAGCGUGUGCAUCAAACACUUCAUCUACAGCGACGUCACGUCUUCUAAAUGUAACUCAGGGAUUCUGUUGUCAUCAAACACCUGAAGAUUCAACCGUCAGCCGAGGCGGGAAGGUGAUGUCAUCACUACGGCAGAGUGUUAGGGUCACAUGUCAAAUACCCCUCAGUGUAAGGAAGAGAUCUGAGGAUUGUUAGGAACUUAUGGGGAAGUAAAUUACCUUAAUUUAAAUAAUUUAUAUCUGACUUUAAAUGGUGACAGUGACUUUCUUCGUUUCAGAUCUGGUUUCAAACGAGUCGUUUUAUUUUGGGGAAAAGUUCUAAAAAUCUAAAGUCACAUUUCUGUUUCUUAAAAAGGAUCAAAAUGUCAGAAAGAAUCAUUUUGAUACGAUGCUCGUAAAAAUGUAAAGACUUUUGACUCCUCCUAACUAACUCCUGAUCAGAUACCACGGCAACAAUAUUUGCAGAAAGACGUUGGUAACGUGUGCCGCUGUUCUCUGUUGGGUUCAUUCCCCCGCUUCCAUUUUUUCCGAUUCACAUUUUUUAAUCUCGAUUGAUCACAUUCUUAAAGAUUUAUUCAUAUUUGGAGAAAAGAUCCUCCAUCCAUCACCUUAACCACUUUUCCUGUUCAGGGAAGAGUCACCAGUUAACAUAACGAGCAUGUCUUUGGAUUGUGGGAGGAAGACGGAGUACCCAGAGAGAACCCACACAUGAACGGGGAGAACAUGCAGACUCCACACAGAGAGGAUCCCGACAGAUGAGGAGUCAAACCUCCUCAUUGUGAGGGGACAGCACUAACCACUGCAGCACCGUGCACCUCGAGGAAAGAUCCUGAUAAAAUUAAUUAAAAUACGUUGUGUUCUCAGAGAAGAGGUGAUAAAUUUACUUUAAAAAAGUUUAUAUUUGGAGUAUAGCGACGUCAUUGUCAGACAUAAAAUAAGUAAAUAGGAACAAAACGUGACACAAAUAAUUACAAACGUUAUAUAUGAAGAAAACUUAAUUUAAAGUCAUGAAAAAUGUUUUAAAAAGUCUUUAAAUUUAGACAUUAGAGUGUCACGUUGAUGAAAAGAUUCAGAGAAUAUUUAAUUUUGAGAUUUAAGAGUAAAUUUAGACUCUCAGGAAAAAGAAAACCUGCUUCUUUAUUUAAUGCAAUGCUAUUAUUUUGAAAGGGUUCUGUGUCCCUCUGACUCUGUCGGGUGCUGACUCGAUGAGCUUUGUUGAAUCGUUUGAAAUUAAACUUCAUUAAAUCAGAAAUGAAAUCCUCGGCGUGACUCUCCAGCAGACUCACGUGACGCCACGUUUUCAUCUUUUCUCAGAAUAAGACUCAAGACACGAAGACGCCUGACAGCACUUAAUUAUUUAACCUGAAGAUGAACGAGAUGUGUGUGUGCGUGUGUGUUUAUACUGUGUCAUUUGAGGCUUUGUCUUCUUCUUCUCUCUCACCUUUCCUCACCUGAACCUCUCAACAUGUGAGAUGUGUUUUUUCUGAUCUUUGAAUAAAAAAGAUUCGACUCACCA